AUGAAUCCUUCGUAUGCACUUCUGGAUCUACCCGUGAAUGAGUGCAAGACUCUUGACGAAGACGGAGUGCUUUAUACUUUUAAAAAGGCCGAUCAUGCCAAAAUUUUGUUGAAGAACCUCGCCUUGAUGCAAGCAAAUGAGGGACUUUUGACAGACGUGGUCCUGCGCUCUACGUCCAAAGAUUACGAGGAGCCCUUUCAUUCUAUUCUGCUUACUGCAUGUAGUCCUACCUUCAAACAGAAUUUUACAGGAAGGUACUUUGAUUUCACCGGUGGCAAACUCUCUUUGAAGGGAUUGAGCACAGAUGCACUUAUUGCCUUUCGUGUUUUCCUUUACAAAACAGAGUUCCCAUCACGUCAAGAACUGGUAGAUGGCCUUCGAAAGGUUGCUGCAACAUACGGAAUCGACUCUCUGAAAAAGCUUUGUGACCGUAACAGCAAUGAACAAAUGUCGGUGUUGUGGAAUAGUCACCGUGAAGGUUUGCUUUCGCAACUGUACGAGAUGUACCUAAAGUCUGAGUUGACCUCCUGUUUGUUAGACGAUGGUCAUGGUGUAACACAGGAAGUCCAUGCACCAGUUAUCGCAGCAGCAUCGCCAGUGUUGUGGACAAAUUUGGCGAAUGAUCUGUCCUCAUCAGAAGAGACAAGAUAUCGUCUAAAGGAGAUUGCGUCCCAUGUCUUGGAGGAUUUUGUGAAGUACAUAUAUACAGGUAAUGUUGCAGUGAACGGGGAAAACGUGGUUGGUCUUCUCAAAGCUGGAUGUGGUUAUGAGAUUCCCGCACUUGCAAGAGCCUGCUGCGAUUGGCUGAGUCUAAAGAUUGAUUGCUUUAAUGCAGUCAAUAUCCUGUGGCUGGCACGUGAGGAGAAUUGCAAAGAAACCAAGGUUCUUCAAGAAGAGGCCAAAAAUUUCAUAAUUGGUAACUUUACAAGCGUUAGUGAAGAAGACGAGUUCGUCGAGCUUGAGUACGAAGAUCUGAAAGCGAUCAUACAGUUCGACGAUCUUAAUGUGAAUUGUGAAGAAGAAGUGUUUAACGCGGUUGCCAAAUGGGUUAGUGCUGAGGAUGAGCGCAUACGUUACCUACCAGAGUUGCUGAAGUGCAUUCGACUGGAGAAUACAAGUCCCGAGUUCCUUCGAAGUCUUCUGCAGCAUCCUCUUAUAAUGAAGAGUGUUCCGUGCGUUGAAUAUGUUCAAAAUGUCCUGGAAAGUCAAGUCUUGUUUCAUUUGCAAGAAGACACAACUCCAACUGAAACCUUUUACGAGUCUGAGCAAGCCUUCUACCCUAAUCAAUACGGCUUUGAAGACGCUAUUGCCAGUGACCUGACACCAGAAUUUCUGACGUCGAAGUUAGAGAUUCCCGAGUCAGAGAUACCAGCUGUGCAGACGCUAAGGAGGGGUCAAAGGAAGGAUGGAACUCCUGACAUGAGGUUUAAAGAGAACAGGCGAUUGUUAGGCCUCCAGAAUAAGGACCACUCUCCCGAUAUGCGGUUUAAAGUUAACAAACGAGGCCUCAACCCCGCUGUAAAAAAGGAUGGCAGUGCAGAAAUGAGAUUCAAAACAAACCGUCAAUCCCUGGGCAGAGAUGACGAGGGGCGACCACUGACAAAGGCAGGUACGCCAGAUAGAAGAUUCAAAGUAACGAGAGAUAAAGAAGCCAUGGUGCAAUCUUCUUUAAAGAGUGACAGAACACCAAGUACUGGCCCUGUCAAGAAAGACGGUACGCCUGACAUGCGCUACACUAUCAACAAAGAUGACAAAGGGCGACCACUGACAAAGGCAGGUACGCCAGAUAGAAGAUUUGAAAUAACGAGAGAUAAGGAUGCCAUGGUGCAAUCUUCUUUAAAGAGUAACAGAACACCAAGCACUGGCCCUGUCAAGAAAGAUGGCAAGCCUGACAUGCGUUACACCGUUAACAAACACCCCAACAGCCUGCUGACCUCAUCACAAUCAACAUCGGCAAGUGCUCAGGUGAAUAGUUCCCCGCGUGUUGGUGGACCUUUAAAGAAAGACGGAACUCCUGACAUGAGGUAUGCAGUCAAUAAACAGUCUUCCUCACCCUAUCUUUCCAGCAGCUAUGUAGGUAGUCCUUUACAACUCUCAUCAUACGUGGAUUCACUUGGCCCACUGAAGAGAGAUGGAACUCCUGACAUGAGGUAUGCAGUCAACAAACAGUUUUCCUCACCCUCUCCUUUCAGCAGCUAUGGAGAUAGUCCUUUGCAGCUCUCAUCGUAUCUGGAUUCAAGUGGCCCACUGAAGAGAGAUGGAACUCCUGACAUGAGGUAUGCAGUCAACAAACAGUUUUCCUCACCCUCUCCUUUCAGCAGCUAUGGAAGUAGUCCUUUGCAGCUCCCAUCAUACGCGGAUUCACCCUCUCCUUUCAGCAGCUAUGGAGAUAGUCCUUUGCAGCUCUCAUCGUAUCUAGAUUCAAGUGGCCCACUGAAGAAAGAUGGAACUCCUGACAUGAGGUAUGCAGUCAACAAACAGUUUUCCUCACCCUCUCCUUUCAGCAGCUAUGGAAGUAGUCCUUUGCAGCUCCCAUCAUACGCGGAUUCACCCUCUCCUUUCAGCAGCUAUGGAGAUAGUCCUUUGCAGCUCUCAUCGUAUCUAGAUUCAAGUGGCCCACUGAAGAGAGAUGGAACUCCUGACAUGAGGUAUGCAGUCAACAAACAGUUUUCCUCACCCUCUCCUUUCAGCAGCUAUGGAGAUAGUCCCUUGCAGCUCUCAUCAUAUGGAGAUUCAAGUGGAGCUUCCUGUGGUCCCUGUGGUCCCUUAAAGAAGGAUGGUACCCCAGAUAUGCGAUAUAAAGCUAACUGGCAGUAA